AUGGCCCAGUCUUGGAGCAGAUGUUGUGGGGGAGAUUACGGCGGUGGAAGACCCCGCGAGGAAGAGGAAGCCAAAGCUAGUCCAGAUAUCGCCAGUCAUUUCUCUCAGCCCACCCCACAGUCUGCAUGCCAUACAUCACCGUCCGGCGAGAGAGAGGAAGAGGACGUCUGCGCCUUUCCACACCGCAGAGGAAAAAAAGGAAAAAGCUCCGAACGGGUCAGUGUUGCCGCCACCGCCAUCAAUCCAGUCAUCGCCACGGCCGGGAAGGGGUCCGGCGGCCAGGUACCCACGGGCCGCGGUCUCCCAUGGGUGCGCUGA